GCUCCGUUUGCUUCCGUUUGAUGCAGUUAUUUAGUCAAAAACGUCACUGGAGACAAUUUCAUAUCAAGUAGCUCGAAAGUCUGGUGUUCUGCUAACAGGUUUCUAACAUAAUCGACAGUUCCUGUGUGCACACUGCCAGCCAAAAUUGUGAAAAUUGUUUGUGUUGCAUUGAAACCGUAGAAUCUUUUCUUUUUUCAGUCGGUUCAUAACCUGAUCCGCCAUGAUUUCGACAAGGCGAAAUUGCCAGUCUGUAAAAUAUCUCGUAGGCUUAGCUCUCUAGAGAUCUGGCGGAUUGUGCAAAAGCAUUUCUUAACAAGGGAUGAUCUGUUGAAUCGUUUGCAUCGAUCGUUGCUGAAAACGUUUCCUGAGUUGGGUAAUGUAAAUUUAUCCUAUACAUUUACCGAUUUGACAGCGCUGCAGUGGGUUUUUUUUUUUUUUGGAAUUUAGCAUCAUCGUCAACGUGCAGUUCAAAGACGGGUUUAUCAAUCUCGGUACAGGAUACUGAAUUAAAAAAAGAAGAAGAAAAAAAAAUCAGUUUUAACACCCGUUAAAAAUGGCCACUAACGAUGGAGAGAAUGGACCAAUGGAGAGUUCCACAGACGACCCACAGAAAAAACAAGGAACAAGAGUUUUCAAGAAAAGCAGUCCAAAUGGCAAGAUAACCACAUACCUUGGGAAGCGUGACUUCAUUGACCACCUGUCACACAUAGACCCAAUCGAUGGCGUGGUGCUGGUUGACCCGGAGUACCUCAAGGAUCGUAAAGUGUUCGCGCACGUCCUGGCCGCGUUCCGCUACGGCCGGGAGGAUCUCGACGUGCUGGGCCUCACCUUCCGCAAGGACCUGUACCUGUCAUCCAUGCAGGUGUACCCGCCCCUCAAGGAGCACCAGAAGCCCCUGACCCGCCUCCAGGAGAGACUCAUUAAAAAACUCGGACCCAACGCCUACCCAUUCUAUUUUGAUCUGCCUCCCAAUGCCCCAGCAUCAGUCACACUCCAGCCUGCACCAGGGGACACUGGCAAGCCCUGUGGUGUUGACUACGAGUUGAAAACAUUUGUAGCUGAUGGAGUCGAGGAGAAACCACACAAGAGAAAUUCGGUGCGACUUGCAAUCCGCAAACUGACAUAUGCCCCCGAAGAGCCGGCCCCACAGCCAAGCGCCGAGAAUUUGAAGGAUUUCAUGAUGAGUCCAGGAAACAUUCGACUCGAAGCCUCGUUAGACAAAGAGAAAUAUUACCACGGAGAAGGGUUAAAUAUCAAUGUUCUAGUAGACAACAACACAAAUAAAACUGUCAAGAAGAUCAAACUAUCAGUGCGACAAUUUGCUGACAUCUGUCUCUUUUCAACAGCCCAGUAUAAGUGUACUGUGGCAGAACUCGAAACGGAAGAUGGUUUUCCGAUCCUGCCCAGUCAGACGGGAUUCUGUAAAGUGUACAAGCUAACUCCACUACUCAGCAACAACCGGGACAAGCGCGGCCUCGCUCUCGAUGGCAAGCUCAAGCACGAAGACACCAACCUGGCGUCAUCCACAAUAAUGUCAGACACCAGUCAGAAGGAGAGUCUGGGAAUUGUGGUCUCUUACAGGGUCAAGGUCAAACUCAUUCUGGGAUUCGGUUCCGGUGACCUGUCUGUGGAGCUACCGUUCACACUGACUCACCCCAAACCUCUCGGUUCCCCGGCGACGUCUCGGCCAAUCAGCAUUCUGCCCCCGGAGAGUGACGCCCCCCUUGAUACUAAUCUCAUACAGCUCGACACAAGCGGAGAAGCAUUCUACGCAGACAAGGAUGACGACUUCAUCUUUGAAGACUUUGCGCGACUUCGCCUAAAGGGGCACGAAGGUGACGACACAGAGGCCUGAUCGUAACCAGUGACAACACCGUGUAGUAGUCUGCCCAAGCUCAAAGGGGGGUAACUCAAGUCACCUGUUGUGGAAUUGGCCUUUUGAGUUAUGCCCCCUCAAAUAACAUUACAUUGGUUGAAUGUUCAAAAGGGGGAAAAAAGGAACAAUUAUGUAAGAUUAUGCUAUUUAUUGAAAUGUGUUCACAAGUUAUAUUACAUGGUUGCAAUGUGUAUUUGUUUUUAAGCAUUAUAAUUGUAUAGUUUUUGUUGUGAAGAUGAAUCUCAUGGAAACAGUGUUGCUUAGUAACAUCAUGCUAUGUUCAUAUUGAUAGUUUUUAAGUGUAAGAGCCCAUUAGACUUAUGAAUAUUAAUGCUCAGUAAUGCUGCAUGUUUUGCAUAAUUAUCGAAAAUCCUUUUAUCCUUUUUUUUUUACAUAUAAAGAACUGCCAACAAACCAUACACAGUAACUGGCCCCAGUCUCCAAUGGUAAAAGUAAAAAAAGCCGUCGGCCUUAAGGUUGGUAGGUACUGGGUUUGCAGGUCCAGUCAACCAUUUGUCACUAAUAUCAGUCAAAAUCGUUUGAAAACAUUUAUAUAAAAAACGGCUGCCUAUAAACAUAGAUAGACCUGGCUCAAAUCUAGAGUGAAUUUUAACAGUUUGUUGAGGAGGUGCAGGGCUUGCUCUGGGCGGUCAGGAAAUUUUGCCAAAUUAUCUUUUAAAGAAUGCAAAACCUUUAGCUAUUUAAAAAAAAAUUAAAAAAUUAUCACACAAUUUUUGUUUUGCCAAUUUAAAAUAAAAUUUGCCAACUGUUCUUAAAAUUUGCAAUUGGUGAAUUUGGCGAGUGGCAGAGCUAUUUCUGAGGUGUAAGGCAUCUUCACCAACUUCUCUCUUGCUGACACUAAUCACUAACCACUAAACCUAGUUCUUGAUCGACAGGCCAUCGACAUUGAAUGGAUGUGUCCAGGAAACCCUGCUUGAGCAUUAAUUAGCUAGCAGCAUGGACAUUUUUUUUUUAUUAAAUAAAAAACCACAUAUCUCAGGACAGAGUAAUUUAGAAACUGGUUUUACUGAUAUAAUAAUGUUAAGUGGUAUCCUAACAAACCGGUGGGUUACAUGAAUUGCACCCAGUUUGGUAUUGUCAAAUAAGCAAUUGUCUGUACAGUUAUCAAGUGGAUGAGUGUAUAAAACAGAUCAUGCUUUGUGAAUAGCUGUGUUUGUUAGUAAACACUUAUUCUAAGUUGGCACAUUUGUAAGAGCAGCUUUGAUUGGAUCUCUACUCAAAUCCAUGGUAGUAAAUUCAAGUCAUUUGUAAGAGCAAAUUUUAUUGGAUCUCAACACAAACUUGUGCUAGUUGUAGUAAAUUCAGCACAUUUGUAAGAGCAGAUUUGAUUGGACUAAUACUAAAAAAAGCCAUAGUAGUAAAUUGAGCACAUUUGUAAAAUCAAAUAUGAUUGGAUAUUAACUCAAAUCUGUGGUAGUAAAAAAAUUAAAACUCUGAUUGCAAAUGUGUGAGAAAUGCUUUGUAAUAUUAACCACAUUAAAAAAUAACGAAAACCACAACUAAAUAAAAAAGAAAUCUUUACCAGCACAUUGGAUAAUAACCAGUGACUACUUUAAGACGCUAAAUCUUAAUAAACGAUGACUUGCUAAACUGUUAUUUAUUAUCUGGCUUUAUCCACUUACAUAUUACACUAUGCACAUGCAAAAUCGGCAGCUUUACUCUUGCAUUCAGACUGAUAUUAAUGUACAUUUCUCUCCAGUUAAGUGAUUGUUUUUUUUCUCUAUGUUGAGAUUUAAAAAAAGAAUUAAUUAAUUUCCAGGCAUCGAAAUAGGCCUUGUGCUUGGUAACCCAUAUACGGGUUGCCAUAAAUUACUGGCCUGCUAACAUGUAGGUUAUCACAUACAGUGAAACCCCUGUAAACCGGACACCCUCAGGACCAAGUCAAAUGUCCAGUGUUAAGAGGUGUCCAGUUUAGACAGAUUAAGUUCUGUACUGAUUUUUUUUUUAAAAGGACUGUAAAACAUCCAGUUUUGGGGGAAUUCUGGUUUACAGAGGGUCCGGUUUUGAGAGGUUUCACUGUACAUGUAUCUAUGGAGUAAACAUUUGCCAUUAUUUCUUCACAAAUACACUGAUACGAUGUUAUUCAUUCAUAAUACUGUCCUCAUAGUACUCAUAUAAAUGUGUGUAAUUUACAACUAAAAACACAAAAUUUAGAGUGUGGUACUUUUUUUUUUUUUAAAUUUGGUGCAGAACUAAGUACCGUUCUCGUCUUUCUUGACAUGUGGUAACCUCCUGGUAACCUGAACGACCGUUCUUGACUUACUUGAAAUGUGGUAACCUGAAUGACUGUUCUUGAUUUUUUUAACAUGUGGUAUCCUGAACGACCGUUCUUG